AUGUCUGUCCUCAUCACUGGCGCCUCUGGGUAUCUCGGCGGCUCGCUACUUGCAGAACUGCACAAAACAGUACUCCCGGAGCACAAGAACAUAUACGCCCUGGUCAGAUCUCAAGAUCAAUCAGAAGCGGUGAAGAAGCAGGGCGCGCGCCCUUUUAUUCUCAAUCUACAAGAUGAAGAGAGUGUCAUCAAGGGCAUCGUAGAUGCGCAGAUCUCCGUCAUAUUCUUCCUCGUUGACGCUAUGAACUCCGACAUGCAAGUGCCCAUGAUAAAAGCCCUUGCAGAAGUCAAGAAGCAAACCGGACGCGAAGUGCACUUUGUACACACGAGCGGCGCGAAGAUCUUCAGUGAGCAUGCGGGGAUGCCUAUCGAUCGACCACUUCCCGAUACAGAUCGAGAUCUGUACAAGCUACAAAAGAGCUCCAAGGCUCCCCAUCAACUCCUGACGCAGGCAACGAAUACGAACAAUGUCAUCAUUGAAACGGCGGAGAAACAUGGAGUUCGCAGCUACAUCUUCAUUCCAUGUAUCGUGUACGGCGAAGGGAAAGGCUUUGGUAACAAAAUUUCGAUCCAAACCACAGCUGUGCUUAAAGCCGCCAAAGGGGCCGGCGCCAUGUACGAUGUCAACCCGGAAGGCUGGACUUGGCCCGUGUGUCAUAUAGACGAUAACUCGAAACUGUACGUAGAACUGUUGAAGAGUAUCCUACGCGACGGUAAUCCAGAAUAUGGCGAGAAUGGGUACUAUCUUGCUUCCUCUGGAAGUGUGGCCUGGCACGACAUGUACGCCGCAAUGUCGAAAGCGCUUGCGAAGCGCGGAAUUAUCGACAGCUCGGAAGUCAAGAAAGCGGAUGAUUUAGCGCUGGAUAAGAUGGCGCAGGCCUUGGGUUGCCCAAAAGAGCUUAUUGCAGUGCAAUUGGGCGGAAAGUAA